CGUCUCGGAACAGAAAGCACUGCGAGGGUGAUCAAGUGCGGCAAGCUGGCUUGUUUGGAUGGAGAGUUGCCUAGGCAAGCUGAGUACUUGAGAGCCUCUCCUGCCCCCUCUCCAGCGUGCUUUCCAGCGAUGAGGUCACAGCCCCUCGGAACCCUCCUCCUCUCUCUGGUCCCUCCCGCCCUCUGAUCUCCUCCAGCGUCAGGCGCUGGGCACUGAGAACGAGGCAGCAGCGCGCAACCAUGAAGUAACGCAGGAGGUCCCUUGGAAAAUGAGGCCAGGGUACCUGCUGCAACUAGCGCUCCUGCUCGCCCUGCCCAGGAGCCUGUGGGGCAGAGGGUGUGUGUCUCCACCCUGCGAGUGCCACCAGGAGGACGACUUCAGAGUCACCUGCAAGGAACUCCAUCGCAUCCCCAGCCUACCACCCAGCACCCAGACUCUGAAGCUCAUCGAGACUCACCUGAAGACCAUCCCCAGUCUUGCAUUUUCAAAUCUGCCCAAUAUUUCCAGGAUCUAUUUAUCUAUAGAUGCAACUCUGCAGCGGUUGGAACCACACUCUUUCUACAAUUUGAGUAAAAUGACUCACAUAGAAAUCCGGAACACCAGAAGCCUAACUUAUAUAGACCCUGAUGCCUUAACAGAGCUCCCCUUGCUCAAGUUCCUUGGCAUUUUCAACACUGGACUUAGAAUAUUCCCUGACCUGACAAAAAUUUAUUCCACUGAUGUAUUCUUUAUACUUGAAAUCACAGACAAUCCUUAUAUGACUUCAGUCCCUGAAAAUGCCUUUCAGGGACUGUGCAAUGAAACCUUGACCCUGAAACUAUACAACAAUGGAUUUACUUCAAUUCAAGGUCAUGCUUUCAAUGGAACAAAACUGGAUGCUGUUUACCUAAACAAGAAUAAAUUCCUGACAGCUAUUGACAAAGAUGCCUUUGGAGGAGUGUACAGUGGACCAACCUUGCUAGAUGUGUCUUCCACUAGUGUCACAGCCCUGCCCUCCAAAGGCCUGGAGCACCUCAAAGAACUGAUAGCAAAAGACACUUGGACCCUCAAGAAGCUGCCACUAUCUCUGAGUUUCCUCCACCUCACCCGGGCUGACCUGUCUUACCCAAGCCACUGCUGUGCCUUCAAGAACCAGAAGAAAAUCAGGGGAAUUCUAGAGUCCUUGAUGUGUAAUGAGAGCAGUAUCCGGAAUCUGCGUCAAAGAAAAUCAGUGAACGUCCUGAGAGGUCCCAUCUACCAGGAAUAUGAGGAAGAUCUGGGUGACAACAGUGUUGGCUACAGACAAAACUCAAAGUUCCAGGAGAGCCCCAGCAACUCUCAUUAUUAUGUAUUCUUUGAAGAACAAGAAGAGGAGAUAAUCGGUUUUGGCCAAGAGCUCAAAAAUCCUCAGGAAGAGACUUUGCAAGCCUUUGACAGCCACUAUGACUACACUGUGUGUGGGGACAAUGAAGACAUGGUGUGUACCCCCAAGUCAGAUGAGUUUAACCCCUGUGAAGACAUCAUGGGCUACAAGUUCCUGAGAAUCGUGGUGUGGUUUGUCAGUCUGCUGGCCCUCCUGGGCAAUAUCUUUGUCCUAUUUAUUCUCCUUACCAGCCACUACAAACUGACUGUGCCACGCUUUCUUAUGUGCAACUUGGCCUUUGCAGAUUUCUGCAUGGGCGUAUACCUGCUUCUCAUUGCCUCUGUAGACCUGUACACACACUCUGAGUACUACAACCAUGCCAUUGACUGGCAGACAGGCCCUGGGUGUAACACAGCUGGUUUCUUUACUGUUUUUGCCAGUGAGCUAUCAGUGUACACACUAACAGUCAUCACCCUAGAACGAUGGUACGCAAUCACCUUCGCCAUGCGCCUGGAUAGGAAGAUCCGCCUCAGGCAUGCAUACACCAUCAUGGCUGGUGGCUGGGUUGCCUGCUUCCUCCUUGCCCUGCUCCCUAUGGUGGGAAUAAGCAGCUAUGCCAAGGUCAGCAUCUGCCUGCCAAUGGAUACUGACACGCCUCUUGCUCUCGCGUACAUUGUCCUUGUUCUUCUGCUCAAUGUCAUUGCCUUUGUCAUCGUCUGUUCCUGCUAUGUGAAGAUUUACAUCACAGUCAGAAACCCCCAGUACAACCCUCGAGAUAAAGACACCAAGAUUGCCAAGAGGAUGGCUGUGUUGAUCUUCACCGACUUCAUGUGCAUGGCGCCAAUCUCCUUCUAUGCCCUUUCAGCACUUAUGAACAAGCCCCUUAUCACUGUUACUAACUCCAAGAUCUUGCUAGUUCUUUUCUACCCCCUCAACUCCUGUGCCAAUCCAUUCCUCUAUGCUAUUUUCACCAAGGCCUUCCAGAGGGACGUGUUCAUUCUGCUCAGCAAGUUUGGCAUCUGCAAACGCCAGGCCCAGGCAUAUCAGGGUCAGAGAGCCUGUCCAAACAACAGCACUGGUGGUAUUCAGAUUCAAAAGGUUCCCCAGGACAUGAGGCAGAGUCUCCCCAACAAGCAAGAUGCCUAUGAACUCCUUGGAAACGCCCACCUAACCCCAAAAACACAGGGACAAAUUUCAGAAGAAUAUAAGCAAACAGCCUUGUAAAGUGAUGCUGGGUUAUUCACGGUGGGACUUAAAGAGGCUGGUUUCUUGAACACAUGUUCUGAUCUACGACAUACGGAUGCAUAGCUUCAUGCAGGUGAUGUUUCACAGGGACACAGUUCAUCUCUAUAGAGGGUAUUAUCUUCAAGAAAGGAGAGAAGCUAUCAGCAUAUCUGAGUUCCAGGUGAUGUGAAAAUGGCCUACACUCUCCAGGGGACAUGCUUGAUGCUCAUCUGUGACACUGUGCAGCAUGUCCCACAGAGACCAACUGAACCAUUCCUGAAUCUGUCUUCUCUGGUUUAUGUAGUAUUGAUUUAUAGUAAAGACUCAACAAAUGGCCAGUGUUCAUUAUCUUAAGCAGGUCCUCAUUGGCUUCCCUCAUAUAACCAAAGAAAAGUUUGUUCCUUAAAACUAAAUUGCCACACUUGGGAGGUGGAGGCAGGGGGCAUCCAAAGUUCAUCCUUAACUACAUAGUGAGUUCCAAACUUCGGCUACAUGAGACCCCAUCUCAGGAGACCAAAAGAAUCCUGGAAACCCAAACACAACUAGAUGUCACAUAAUUGCUUCCAUUGAACAUGAAAAGGGGGGAAGUUUAGCUUUGAGGUUUUUUUUUUUUUUUCUUUCUUUCUUUGAUUCUCAAACAAGUUUUUCUUCACCAGACUCUAUAUGCAUUGACGGAGAAACUGCUGAUAUUUCAUCUUUGGUGGCUGAGCAAUCUAAGAAUUAUCUUCUUGUAGAAGAUGAGAGCUCUAAAAGGUCUUUCUCAGAAACACGUGGGAUCAAGGACAGAGAACACAUGGCCAUUUGUUGAAUAAUAUCGCUAGACACCAGUUAACUGUUAAGCAAAUCCUGGAACUCCAUGUCCUGUAGAAAUGGAGGCAUGUGAUGACCUCUUCCAUUUUAAAAACUCUAGGUGUAUCUCAUCCUCAAAGAUACAUCUUCAUGACAUAGAAAAAAAAGGCACCACUUAAGUAGAAUCUGGGUUUUCUAUCUU